AUGGAGAACGGUAAAUAUGCCACUAGUUAUGAGGAGAUCAAGGCUGCUGCGGCAAGGAUAGGCAGCUUUAUAAACCGAACGCCGGUUCAGACCUGCUCGACAAUCGACAAGCUUGCUGGAAGAAGUGUCUUCUUCAAAUGCGAAACUUUCCAGAAAACGGGCGCUUUCAAGUUCCGUGGGGCUUGCAAUAGUGUCUUUUCGCUCAGUGAUGAGGACGCCAAGCGCGGUGUGGUCACCCACAGUUCCGGCAAUCAUGCUGCCGCGCUGGCGCUGGCGGCCAAGCUCCGUGGCAUUCCUGCCCACAUAGUCGUUCCCAGGACCACGCCGCAAUGCAAAGUCGAUGCGGUGAUCGAGUAUGGAGGUGAGGUGCACUUCUGUGAGCCCACCAUGGAGGCCCGAGAAGCCGCAUGUGCCGAGCUUCAAGCCCGUACAGGUGCCGUACUGGUGCCGCCGUACAACUACGGCCCGGUCAUGGCGGGGCAGGGUACGAUUGCCAUUGAGUUCCUUCAGCAGGUUCCUGAUCUGGAUGUGUUGGUGGUGCCCAUAUCCGGAGGCGGAAUGAUUAGCGGCAUGGCACUCGCAGCUAAAGCCAUCAAUCCAGGAAUUAAGGUGGUCGCGGCCGAACCCGCCGGCAGCAACCGCUCCCCGGAUGUGGCCCUCGCCAAGAUUGCUGGUUGGCUGGUGCCGUGCGCCCGUACGGAAACCAUUGCAGACGGAUUGCAGGGCCGCAUGGGCGAUCUGACGUGGCCUGUGGUUCGUGACUUGGUUGACGGUGUGGUGGUGGUGGAUGAGGCGGAGAUUGUGGGGGCCAUGCGGCUCAUCAUGGAGAGAAUGAAGUUGGUGGUGGAGCCCAGCGGGGCCGUGGGUUUGGCUGCCGUACUUUCCCCCGGCUGGGGUGCCAGUGCCGCCACUCGUGGCUGCCAGCGUGUGGGUGUGGUGCUGUGCGGGGGUAACCUCGACUUGCAGACGCGGGGGUUUUGGGACAUGUGGCUGCCUAGCGCAGUCCAGGGGGAUCAGAAGGAGAACUAG